CUCUGUAUAAACAUGGCCGUUAAGUCCUUUACAGAGUCAGGAUAUCAUUUGCCAGGCGUCCGUUUGGGAACAUCACUUAAACAAACAAUGUUUCCUGCCAAAAUCAUGAAACCGACCUUCAAGAGUUAUCUCCCUCCUGCACAGACCGAUGUGAAGAAUACAAUUGAACAACCUCUUAAAAAAUUGGAGGCUAAGUUGCUUUCAGGGGAGAUAGUAGUUAAUGAGGUGAACUUUGUGAGGAAAUGCAUCAGCACUGAAAACAACCAAGAAGGCCUUUGGGGGAAGUUGAUAUGUACUAACUUUAAGGUGUCCUUCAUCCCUCAAGACCCUUCACCAAAGCAGACAUCCACAUUGUCUCAUCUGCUGCUCGGAGAGCACGACAUCCCCCUGACCUGUUUGGAGCAAGUAGUAACAGUGAAUGAUACAAAGGGGAAGAAGAAAGUAUUGGGCUCAAAUCAGAAGCUCAAGUUCAACCCCACUGAGCUCAUCCUCUACUGCAAAGACUUGCGCAUCAUACGGUUCUGUUUUGAUGAGGCUGGACCUGAAAGCGCCAAAAAGGUUUGCCUUGCUAUUGCCCACUACUCCCAUCCAGCUGAUCUUCAGCUGCUGUUUGGCUUUGAGUACCAGGGGCGGCGAUACCAUGAAUCUAAAGAGGAGCGAGUCAAUGGCUCUCCCCCAAGAGGAGGAUUACAGACCCCCAUGUUUGACCGUUCCUCAGACUGGGAUCGGGAAAUCAAAAGAACGAAUGCUUCAGAGUGGAGAGUGUGCUCCAUCAACCAGAGUUAUUUUGUCUCAUCAAGUCUUUCAGAGCACAUUGUGGUCCCAGCAUCUCUGACGGAUCAAGAUCUGAUGAAUUACGCCGUGUCAUUCACUGAUGGCCGCAUUCCGAUGUGGUGCUGGAAUCAUCCAAAUGGGAGCGCUCUUGUCCGCAUGGCUAGCUUGACUGAUCCAUUACAGCACAGGAAGCCUGAGCAGAAAAUCUUUGCUGCCAUCACAAAAAGCCACCCACAGCGCAAUGAACCAUUCAGAUCGGAUCUGGACAAGAGUCUGCCGAGUAUCCUGGACAUCCAGAGUGCAUUUGUUAAACUGAGGCAGAUAUGCAUCCUAGAUCCCUUUGAGGAGUCUGAGGAGAGGUGGCUUUCAACUAUUGAAAACUCACGAUGGCUUGAAUAUGUCAGGGCCUUUUUAAAACACUCUGCUGAGAUGGUGUAUCACUUAGAUGGAAAGAAUUCCUCUGUCAUUCUCCAAGAGGAAGAAGACAGAGACCUAAAUUGUGUAAUAUCCUCAUUGGUGCAACUCAUGCUGGACCCUCACUAUCGCAGCCUCAUGGGCUUUCAGAGUUUGGUGCAGAAGGAGUGGGUGAUGGCUGGCCAUCGCUUCUUGGACAGAUGCAACCACUUAAAGAAAAAUGACAAAGAGGAGUCCCCACUGUUCUUGCUGUUCCUGGACUGUGUGUGGCAGAUGAUGAACCAGUACCCAGCAGCGUUUGAGUUCACAGAGACCUAUCUAACAGUCCUGAGUGACAGCAUGUGGAUCCCACUGUUCAGUACUUUCCUGUUCAGUUCAUCCAAGCAGCGUAGGCAGCACUUGAUGGACUUUGCCAAGCAUAAAGCCAUCCCUCAAGGAGAAGACCAGGUUGUGUAUUUCCCUCCAGUUUGGGAGUGGUCACAGCAGUUCUCCACUAAAGAUCAAACGCUCUUUAACAACCCCAUGUAUGUAGGCAAGGGAGCUGCCUGUGUUCAGAAUGGUGAAGUGAAAACCUUCAAACGCACAAAGCAGAAAGCCUACAGUUCCACAUUACGUGGACCAUCCACACCUGUGCGUAACGGGAUAAAGGGUGCAGAGGACACAUUGACUCGACGGGUCUCUCUGGUAACCGAGUUGAAGUCUGAGUUAACACCAGUAAAAGACGAAAGUCCUUCAGAGCGCUUCUUCAAGGAAUGGUUCUCUCGACCUGCUGACCUGCAGGGCCUGCUGAUUCCCCUGGUCAUGCCCUCUCAUAUGGCUUUUUGGAAGCUCUUCUUUCUCCGCUGGGUUCCUGAAGCCUGCAUCUCCAAAGGAGGCCCAGUCACCACCUACCACAAGCUCUCCCAGCUGGUUGAUGAAAUUGAGAUACUGCAGAGCCAACUCAGGCAAUAUAAGGGAACCAGUCCAAGCAGCACACCACUGCCAAACCCAGGUGGGCCCCCUUCAGAACGAAGGAGGAUGUAUUUUAAGGCCAGUUCUCCAGAUGACCCCCCUACACCUCCAGAUUACCUUACAUCCUCUUUUCCUUUCACCCCAGAGGGCAACCUGUCCCGCCGCACUGUCCAGGGGACUCCCAUUAGCAAAUUUCUGAAUGGUGCGAGGAUCUGGCUCUCAACAGAGACUCUUGCUAACGACACCGUGUGAGGAUGUGGGACUCACUGUUCUGAGCCUAGUGCAGGUUUUUGUAACAACUAAUCAUCUUAUUUUCUCUUACCUCUUUCUUAAAUACCAAGAAGUAAACUGAGAAAUAGAAAUAUGCCAUUUUGGACUUAUACUGAAUUAUUUAUAAGCUAGAACUUGCACCAUUGAUGCUGCAUCCAAAUCUGAGGUAGUUUCUAAACUAAUGUCUGGAGCACUGAAAAUUACGGUUGUAAAUUACACUUGAGGAAUUCAGUCUUCUAUGACUGUGAAAGAUCAUAACUUGAAGAUGGAUGUUUUUUGGGUUUUUUUGGGUUUUUUUUAAUCCACUUCAUCUUAGGUCUUAGGCUAACUAAAGAGUGCUUUUAAUACACCAUUUCUGAGCUUUACCUCUGAAUUAAAAUGUGUUUUAAAGCAAUAAUUGAAUGAGCUGUAUUUGUUACAGUGCUGUCAGUUAAGUUAUUUCUUUGAAUUCUUACUGGUCAAUAAGACUUGUCACAGAAAUGGAGUAAAUAUAAACUUAGGAAAUGCCCAUUUUGUAUUGCAGCAGCAAUGAUGCAUUUCACUGAACACUGACUUCCAAGUACUCAAAUUGCUUGUGCCUUAGAGAGAUUUGAUUAAAAAUUAUUUUUUAUUUAUACUUCAGAAAGAGGAACAGAAAAUAAUACUGCUAACAGGUAUUUUACAACAAAAAUAUAUAUAUAUCUACCCUAGUUGAAUGUAAUAGUUGUUUUUUUUUUUUUGUUUUGUUUUUUUCCUUGCACAAACUUACUACUGUUUGCUACAAGUGCCCAAAUUUUAGGGGCAGGUUGGGGGGGGGGGUUGCAAUAAGUAGCAAAUGGUGUGAUUUUCAGGGUAUAACUGUAGAUUAACUUUUUUUUUUUUUUAAUUUAAGCAGCAAUAAGGGCCUCUAUUUUUAGUAUCAUAAUGCAAGAGUUACUGUGGGGAAAUGGAGCUGUGAGGACUUCAAUCUGUGGUAGACAUUUCCUCUUUUCUUCCAAAGGGGUUUUUAUUAAACUUAUGUAGAGGCCUUCUGGUAAGGCACCAAGUAGAAAUUAAUCAGAGUAAUAGCUGAAUGGUUAAAUGUUUUGAAAGUAAAGGGACAGAGAUCCUGUGACUCAAACCAGUCUCUAGUUUGGUAAAUCGUGACUCAGAUUUCAGGCACACCCUCUUUUAAUUAGGUCAUUCAAAGAGGGUGAGAGUUUCAGGGCAGUGUAUUAGCAAUAAGUCAUUUGGAUAAUACACAGUAUCAUGAAUGCACAGUGUCUGAUUUUUUUUUUUUUUUUUAACAUUGCAGGGUUCAGUUGUAGAGAAUGGAAAGUCUAAAAGCAUCAACUGCACACACUGUUUAAUAUACUGUAUCCUUCCUCAUUUCUCUUGAUAAAUUUACUUUACAUAGACAAAUAGUAGCAUUAGAAAACAAGAACUGAAGGUACAGUACUUUCAGCAAGGUCACUGCUAAGGAUGCCCAGCUAUUCAUGCAACUGUGAUUUUUCCUUGAACAAUGUCUUCCUUUGCUGGUUACUACCAGUUGAUCUAGGGACUGGUUGGAGACACGUGGGGAAGAUGGAUCAGUAAAUAUCACUGUGUAAUACCUUAAAAUGAUAACCUGGUGUUGGUCAAACCCUUUUUGUAAGGAGCAGUGAUCCUGCGAUGCUAGAUUGAUCCGUUUCUGUGAUAGAAGGGGAUUCUUUGGCAAUAACUAGUUCAUGUGUUUCUGUAGUGUAUAAUGUGAGUGCAAACCUGCUCUCCCAAAUGCUAUUAAUUGCACAAUUUACUCAGUAUAUAGGAUAGGUUUGUUUAAGGCAGUUGUUAAAUAUAAUUUUUUGGCAAAUAUUAUAAAUAUUGUAUAGGCUUGAAAAUUUCCAAUUAAUAUUUUUGACUAAUGGUACUAAACUUUUAUCCUUGAUUCAGUCUUAUAUUUUAUAGAGAUAUAUUUAUAUGCUUUUUUUUUUUUUUUUCUUUCCUUUCCACUAAUUCACAGUGUUGCACUCUGCUGUAACUGUAUGAUGACCGUGCUUCUGCUGUGGCACCGUUUGAUAUUAACAGCAGAUGUAUUUAUUCGGAUAUGCAAAUGUUCUCUAAUAGGGAUGCAGCAGCUGCUGGACAUCCUCUGUGCCUUUUUGGGAAGAUUGACCGCUUUUGUAACUUUGUAUUAAAUCCAAUGGCUUAUCUUAGUUUUCUAAAACUGUUGAUUUGUACCAGUUGUGUACAUUUAGUUAAAUUCUGAGGUACUGCACUGAAGCUUUUUUUUUUUUUUUCUAACAAAAAAUAGAGCUCAAAUAUGUACCAGUAACCAAUCAUUACAUUAGUUUACAAAUGAAA